CUUUCUGUGUUAUUAAACUCUUUAGUAUCCGUGAUUCAGUAUAUGAGUAGUAAAUAUGGCGGCUGUUGAAGCAGUUAGAGAGAAGUCUCUACUUGAUUAUAGAAAGAAACUCCUUGAACAUAAGGAGAUAGAGAGUCGAUUGAAAGAAAUGAGAGAGCAAUUAAAAGAGUUAACCAAGCAGUAUGACAAGUCAGAAAAUGAUUUGAAAGCUUUGCAGAGUGUUGGACAGAUUGUUGGUGAGGUUCUGAAGCAGCUGACAGAGGAAAAGUUUAUUGUGAAAGCCACAAAUGGACCUCGCUAUGUGGUGGGAUGCCGACGACAGCUGGAUAAAGCUAAGCUGAAAUCUGGAACAAGAGUUGCCUUGGAUAUGACAACUCUGACCAUAAUGAGAUAUCUUCCUCGAGAAGUAGAUCCUUUGGUCUACAACAUGUCACAUGAGGAUCCUGGUGAUGUUUCAUACUCUGCCAUUGGAGGACUUAGUGAGCAGAUCCGGGAGCUCAGAGAGGUAAUUGAGCUACCUUUGCUCAAUCCUGAACUAUUCCAGAGGGUGGGAAUCACUCCACCCAAAGGCUGCUUGCUGUAUGGCCCCCCUGGCACAGGCAAGACUCUUCUUGCGCGAGCUGUCGCCAGUCAGCUCGAUGCCAAUUUUCUCAAGGUGGUAUCAAGUGCAAUUGUGGACAAGUACAUUGGAGAGAGUGCUCGUUUGAUUCGUGAGAUGUUUAAUUAUGCUCGUGACCACCAGCCAUGUAUCAUCUUUAUGGAUGAGAUUGAUGCUAUAGGUGGACGGCGAUUCUCAGAGGGGACAUCAGCUGACCGUGAGAUUCAGCGCACUCUAAUGGAAUUAUUGAAUCAAAUGGAUGGCUUUGAUUCAUUAGGACAGGUAAAAAUCAUCAUGGCAACAAACCGUCCAGACACACUGGAUCCUGCAUUGCUUCGGCCUGGCCGUCUAGAUCGGAAAAUUGAAAUUCCUUUGCCCAAUGAACAGGCACGUUUAGAAAUCCUCAAGAUUCAUGCUGGACCCAUUGCCAAGCAUGGUGAAAUUGAUUAUGAAGCAGUGGUGAAGUUGUCUGAUGGUUUUAAUGGAGCAGAUCUACGCAAUGUUUGUACUGAAGCUGGUUUAUUUGCAAUACGUGCUGAGCGAGAGUAUGUGAUCCAGGAAGACUUCAUGAAGGCAGUGCGCAAGGUUGCAGACAACAAGAAGCUCGAGUCAAAGUUGGAUUACAAACCUGUAUAAUAGCUGCUACAGAAACCCUGCUGAAGAUAAAGUGUAUUGCCUUCCUCAGAGUUAAGAAUAAAGCAUCUUACGUAUCACUUCA